UUCUCACCGGUCUCUGUCGUGCUUUUUUUUUGGGGGGGGGGCCGCAGUCGAAGCAUGUCUGGGAUACUAAAGCUGCUGGACGUGCGCUGGAGCAGGCCCGUCGUGGCACAUCUGCAGCCCGUCGUGGCACGUCUGCAGCCCGUCGUGGCACGUCUGCAGCCCAUCGUGGCACGUCUGCAGCCCGUCAGGACUUUCCGCUGCACCACUGCAAGACAAGAUGAGCAAAGCGAGGCGUCCACCGUGCUGGGCAAGCGCUGGAAGGACACGGCGGAGACGGUGGUGAUCGGCGGCGGCUGCGUGGGCGCCAGCCUGGCGUACCACCUGGCCAAGGCCGGCAUGAAGGACGUGGUGCUGCUGGAGAAGUCCGAGCUGACCGCCGGGUCCACCUGGCACGCGGCCGGCCUGACCACGUACUACCACCCGGGCAUCAACCUGAAGAAAGUCCACUACGACAGCAUCAAACUCUACGAGCGCUUGGAGGCCGAGACUGGACAGGCGGUGGGCUUCCACCAGCCGGGCAGCGUCCGCAUCGCCUCCACGUCGGCCCGGGUGGACGAGAUGAGAUACCAGAUGACCCGCACACACUGGCAUGUGACCUCCCAGUCCAUGAUCGGACCUGAGGAAGUCCACCAACUCUUCCCUCUGCUCAACAUGGACAAGGUCUUGGCGGGCCUGUACACUGCGGGAGACGGCCACAUCGACCCUUACUCCCUGACCAUGGCCCUGGCUGCGGGGGCUCGCAUGUACGGCGCCCAGAUCUACAACCCAGCGCCCGUCACGGGCCUCCAGCCCACCGCCGACGGCAAGUGGGACGUCCAGACGCCGCACGGAACCAUCCGGGCCGAUCGCAUCGUCAACGCCACAGGUUUUUGGGCGCGGGAGGUGGGCAAAAUGAUCGGAUUCGAGCACCCUACCAUCCCGGUGCACCACCAGUACGUGGUGACGGCGACAGUGCCGGAGGUGAAGGCUCUGAAGAAGGAGCUGCCAGUCAUCCGAGACCUGGAGGGUUCCUACUACCUCCGCCAGGAAAGGGACGGCCUCCUGUUCGGACCCUACGAGCAAAUGGAGAAGAUGGUCCUGCAGGACUCUUGGGUCAGGGACGGAGUACCCCCCGGUUUUGGCAAGGAGCUGUUUGAGUCGGACCUGGACCGGAUCAUGGAGCACGUGGAGAUGGCCAUGGAGAUGGUCCCCGUGCUUAAGAAGGCCGACAUCAUCAACAUCGUGUCCGGCCCCAUCACCUACACCCCGGACCUGCUGCCCAUGGUGGGACCCCAUCAGGGGGUCCGCAACUACUGGACCGCCAUCGGAUUCGGGUACGGAGUCAUCCACGCCGGCGGGAUCGGCAAGUUCCUGAGUGACUGGAUCACCAGCGGCGAGCCUCCCUACGACCUCAUCGAGUGUGACCCCAACCGCUACGGCAAGUGGGCCGACGUGCCCUUCAUGUGCGCCAAGGCCAGAGAAUCCUACGGCUUCAACAACGUGGUGGGUUACCCCAAAGAGGAGCGCUUCGCCGGCCGACCGACGGAGCGUGUGAGUGGUGUGUACCACCUGCUGAAGGACCAAGCAUCUAUGGGCUUCCACGCUGGCUGGGAACAACCUCACUGGUUCUACAAGGAGGGAGACCACACACAAUACAAGCCCAGUUUCAGGCGUACCAACUGGUUUGGACCAGUGGGCCGUGAGUGCCAGCUGGUGAUGGAGAAGGUGGGCGUGAUAGACCUCACUCCUUUUGGCAAGUUCACGGUGAAGGGCAAGGACUCUUACCAGCUGCUGGACCGCCUGUUUGCCAACACCAUGCCCAAGGUGGGCCAGACUAACAUCAGCCACAUGCUGACCCCCUCUGGCAGGGUCUACGCCGAGGUCACCAUCACCCAGUUGGCGCCCGGAGAGUUUUUGCUCAUCACCGGCUCCGGGUCGGAGCUGCAUGACCUCAGGUGGAUUGAGAGCGAGGUGGCGGCGGGCGGCUACGACGUGGACGUGGUGAAUGUGACAGACAACAUGGGUGUGAUGGGCAUCGCGGGGCCAAAAUCCCGCAAGGUCCUUCAGAAGCUGACAGAGGAGGACAUGAGCGAUUCUGGGUUCAAGUUCCUGCAGUGCAAGUCCAUGCAGUUGGCCGGCGUGCCGCUUCGGGCCAUCAGGAUCUCUUACACCGGUGAGCUGGGCUGGGAGAUGUACAUGUGCCAGAAGGACAUGGCGGCCGUGUACUUGGCCAUCAUGGAGGCGGGCAAAGACGAGGGCAUCGACAACUUCGGCACCUACGCCAUGUCCUCGCUGCGGCUGGAGAAGGGCUUCCGGGGUUGGGGCGCUGAGAUGAACUGUGACACCAACCCUCUGGAGGCGGGGCUGGACUAUUUCAUCAAGCUCAACAAGCCCGCCGACUUCAUCGGCAAGGCCGCCCUCCAGGAGAUCAAAGCCAAGGGCCUGACCAGGAAGUUGUCCUACAUCGCGGUGGACACGCACGACAUCGACCCCGAGGGCAACGAGACGGUGUGGCACGACGGCAAGGUGGUGGGCAACACCACCUCCGGCGCCUACAGCUACAGCUCCCAGCAGAGCCUGGCGUUCGCCUACCUUCCCGUGGACCUGUGCUCCGUGGGCCAGAAGGUGGAGGUGGAGCUGCUGGGCACGAAGUACCCGGCCGCGGUCAUCCAGGAGCCCCUGGUCCUCACCGAGCCCACGCGGACCCGCCUGCAGAAGAAAGCCAAGAGCAAAGCAUAAUAAGUGCGACUGUGGUUUAUUUACAGGACCAUUCAAGGAUGACUCAACGGGGAACUGAAUCCUUAUUAUAUUAGAAGUGUUUUACAUGCAGUCUAAAGCGUAAAAUACAGGCUAGCAAGAGUCAGCAAACAAUGGAGCAACUAAAAAACAUCCAAAAACCUCCAUCAACGUUUUAUAUGCACGCUGUAAGCAUAUAUGCAAUGUAGUGAUUUCUUUCCGAUCUGAUACCGAGUAAAAUUCAGGUUGGUAUCGGCGAUACCGAUCCCAUACCAACACUUUGUGCAAACAUACCUAAUUUGUCCGCUAAAAUUUAAAAAGUCGGAAUAUAUCUACAGCAUGAAUAAAGUCUAGUGAGUUAGUUAAUUAAAAACAUAAAAUGUUACUAGCUUAUGAAGCACCCCCCGCGACCCCAAAAGGGACAAGCGGUAGAAAAUGGAUGGACGGAUGGAUGGAAAUAUGACAACAACCAUAACAAACACUGUUAAAUAUGUUAAGUUAAAGUUAAAGUACCAAUGACUGUCACACACACACUAGGUGUGGCGAAAUUAUUCUCCGCAUUUGACCCAUCACCCUUGAUCGCCCCCGUGGGGGGUGAGGGGAGCAGUGAGCAGCAGCGGUGGCCGCGCCCGGGAAUAAUUUUGGGUGAUUUAACCCCCAAUUCCAACCCUUGAUGCUGAGUGCCAAGCAGGGAGGUAAUGGCUGCCAUUUUUAUAGUCUUUGGUAUGACUCGGGCCGGGGUUUGAACCCACGACCUACCCAUCUCAGGGCGGAAUUUUUUUCCGGAUAUGGGAAAAAACAACAGUGAAAAUGUAAAAAAAUU